AUGCUGGGCAGCGUGGGAGGCCGGCACGUUUCGACGCGCCGGCGGGGCAGCAGUCCAAUGGUGCGGGGACUGUCGGGCCUCGGCAGUUACGGGGCGGGCGGCCCGGAGGGCGCGGGUGGCCUGCCCGCCUCCGACGCGCCCAGGUACGCUAGACGCCGCACCGCAGUUACCACCAGCGACCACAAGAAUUGCGCCCUCGUCCAGACCCGCCUCAAGCUCGGCGACAUCAUGACGUGGGCAGCGCAAGAGGCGGCACAAAGGGACUCUGGAUACACCGCGAGUCAGUACAGGAGAAGGCAGAGGUGGACCGGACUCAGCGGACUCGGUGACUGGGCGGGCGCUGGAGGGGAGGUAUCAGGUCUCGUGGAGAUGGCGCCAGGCCGGGGUCAGAUCGGGGGGGCGGACGAUGGGAACAAGGGGCCGACGUCCCUGUUCAUCCUUACCGAGGAUAAUUGCAUAAGGAAACACACGCGAUUCAUAAUAGAAUGGCCGCCCUUCGAGUACGCCGUCCUCCUGACCAUCAUAGCCAACUGCGUGGUGCUCGCCCUCGAGGAACAUCUGCCGUGCCAGGACAAGACGGUCCUCGCGAAGAAGCUCGAGACGACCGAGAUCUACUUCCUCGCCAUUUUUUGCGUCGAGGCCAGCCUCAAGAUCUUGGCCCUCGGCUUCGUCCUCCAUCGCGGCUCCUAUCUCCGCAACAUCUGGAACAUCAUGGAUUUCUUUGUCGUCGUCACCGGGUUCAUCACGGCGUUCCCGCAAGGCAUAAGCCUGGACAUGGAUCUACGGACGUUGCGCGCGAUACGCGUGCUGCGACCGCUCAAACUAGUCUCCGGCAUACCAAGUCUCCAGGUGGUGCUCAAGUCGAUCAUCAAGGCGAUGGCCCCGCUCUUGCAGAUCGGCUUGCUCGUCUUGUUCGCCAUCGUGAUAUUCGCCAUCAUCGGCCUCGAGUUUUAUUCGGGGACCCUCCACAAGACGUGUUACAGCAUCGAAAACGCCAAUCUGAUCGUUAAGGAGGGCGAGCAGCCGAACCCGUGCAACACGGACAACGAGUCGGAGGCGCCGCUGGGGGCGCACGUGUGCAACUCGAACAUCUCCAAGUGCUCGGAUCGCUGGGACGGGCCGAACAACGGGAUCACCAGCUUCGACAACAUCGGCUUCGCCAUGCUCACCGUCUUCCAGUGCAUCACCAUGGAGGGCUGGACUGCCAUAUUGUACUGGACGAAUGACGCUCUCGGUAGUAGUUUCAACUGGGUUUACUUUAUACCACUGAUCGUCAUCGGGUCAUUCUUCAUGCUGAACUUAGUUCUCGGUGUGCUGAGCGGAGAAUUCGCAAAGGAGAGGGAAAAGGUGGAGAACCGGCAGAUAUUUCUGAAAAUGCGGAGGCACCAGCAGCUCGAGCGCGAGCUUAACGGCUACGUCGAGUGGAUCUGCAAAGCAGAGGAAGUCAUACUCGCGGAGGAGAGGACGACGGAGGAGGAGAAAAUGCACAUAAUGGACGCGAGGAGGCGAGCGGCGGCCAAGAGGAAAAAACUGAAAAAUCUCGGCAAAAGCAAGAGCACCGACACCGAGGAGGAGGACGCCGAGGACGAGCCGGACGAUGAUGAUCCUCUUGUUUCAGAGCCUAAGAAAAAACUGAAAGGAUUCGGAAGAGCUUCCUACCUCAAGUCGAAGGUGAAGAACCAAGGUGCCUGCGCGGAGUUCUGGCGAAACGAAAAGAGGUUCCGAUUUUGGAUCAGGCACACGGUGAAGACCCAAUGGUUCUACUGGUCCGUGAUCGUCCUCGUGUUCUUCAACACCGUGUGCGUGGCAGUCGAGCACUACGGCCAGCCCGACUGGCUCACGGAGUUUCUUUAUUAUACCGAGUUCGUGUUCCUGGGGCUGUUCAUGUGCGAGAUGGUGAUAAAGAUGUACGCCCUUGGUCCGCGGAUCUACUUCGAGUCGAGUUUCAAUAGGUUCGACUGCGUGGUCAUCUCAGGCUCGAUAUUCGAGGUGAUCUGGUCGGCCGUCAAGUCCGGCUCCUUCGGCUUUUCCGUCCUACGCGCACUCCGACUCCUCAGGAUAUUCAAAGUGACCAAGUACUGGGCGAGCCUGCGCAACCUCGUCAUUUCCCUGCUCAACUCGAUGCGCAGCAUCAUAUCGCUCCUCUUCCUGCUCUUCCUCUUCAUUCUCAUAUUCGCCCUCCUAGGGAUGCAGCUCUUCGGCGGUCAGUUCAACUUCGAAACGGGCACGCCGCCCACCAACUUCAACACCUUUCCCAUUGCACUUCUCACUGUCUUCCAAAUAUUGACUGGUGAAGAUUGGAACGAAGUCAUGUACCAAGGCAUCCAGUCUCAAGGUGGCCAUAAAAAAGGCAUGAUUUAUUCCCUUUACUUCAUCGUCCUGGUGCUCUUCGGCAACUACACGCUAUUGAACGUCUUCUUGGCUAUCGCCGUCGAUAAUUUGGCGAACGCGCAAGAAUUGACAGCGGCCGAAGAGGAGCAGGAGGAGGAAGAUAAGGAACGGCAAAUGCAGGAGCUCGACAAAGAAAUGGAGACCUUGCAAAAGCCGAGCGACGGCAACGGAUCCAAAGGAGACAUCGAUCCUUCGAGCCCAUCUGCCAAUUGUAAGGACAAAGACGGGGGCAAGGAGAAGGAAGAAGAAAAGAAGCAAGACGACGAAGACGAUUCGGGACCAAAGCCAAUGCUGCCAUACUCGUCUAUGUUUAUUUUGUCACCUUCGAAUCCCGUGAGGAGAGGCGCCCACUGGGUGGUGAAUCUGCGAUAUUUUGAUUUCUUCAUAAUGGUGGUGAUCUCGUUGUCGAGUAUAGCGUUAGCCGCCGAGGAUCCGGUGAACGACUCGAAUCCCCGGAACACGAUACUCAAUUACUUUGACUACGCGUUCACGUGCGUCUUCACGAUCGAGAUGCUGCUUAAGAUAGUCGAUCUCGGGCUGAUACUGCACCCGGGCUCCUACCUGCGCGAGUUCUGGAACUUUAUGGACGCCAUAGUGGUGGUGUGCGCGGCCGUUUCGUUCGCCUUCGACAUGACGGCCGGGGAGAGCGGUGGCGGCGCCGCUAGCAAAAACCUCUCGACCAUCAAGUCGCUGCGUGUGCUUCGCGUGCUACGGCCCCUCAAAACAAUCAAACGAGUGCCGAAGCUCAAGGCGGUCUUCGAUUGUGUGGUGAACAGUUUGAAAAACGUCAUUAACAUCCUCAUUGUGUAUAUAUUGUUUCAAUUCAUCUUCGCUGUUAUCGCGGUCCAACUGUUCAACGGCAAGUUCUUCUUCUGCACCGACGACAGCAAGUACACGAAAGAGGACUGCCAGGGCUGGUUUUUCGUUUUCGAAGAGAACGAAUUGCAUCCCGAGGCGCGCGAGCGCAAGUGGGAGUCGCAGUCGUUUCAUUACGACAACGUCAUGGUGGCGAUGCUGACGUUGUUCGCGGUGCAGACGGGCGAGGGGUGGCCGCAGAUCCUGCAAAACUCCAUGGCCGCCACCUACGAGAACAAGGGCCCCAUACAAAAUUUUCGCAUCGAAAUGUCCAUAUUCUACAUCAUCUACUUCAUCGUCUUUCCAUUCUUCUUCGUCAACAUCUUCGUGGCCUUGAUCAUCAUCACGUUCCAAGAGCAAGGCGAAGCCGAGCUGCAGGACGGGGAAAUUGACAAAAACCAGAAAUCUUGUAUAGACUUUACGAUACAAGCGAGGCCGCUGGAAAGGUACAUGCCGAAGGAGCGGAACAGCUUCAAGUACAAAAUCUGGAGGAUAGUCAUGUCGACGCCCUUCGAGUACUUCAUCAUGAUGCUUAUCGUUCUUAAUACACUUUUACUCAUGAUGAAGUAUCACGACGCGCCGCCAGGUCUAUUGGACACCUUGACCUACGUGAACUUGGUCGUCACCCUCCUUUUCUUCAUUGAGUGCAUCCUUAAACUCGUCGCCUUCGGAUGCAAGAACUUCUUCAAGGAUCCCUGGAAUACGUUCGACUUUAUCACGGUCAUCGGUAGUAUCGUGGACGCGCUAGUCAUCGAAUUCGGGGAUAGCAUAGCGCGUAUUUUUGCAAAUGAGAAAGAGACCGCGCGACGGGAGAACUUCAUCAACGUCGGCUUUCUCAGGCUCUUUCGUGCAGCCAGACUUAUCAAGCUGCUCAGACAGGGUUACACCAUACGUAUAUUGCUCUGGACCUUCGUUCAAUCGUUCAAGGCUCUGCCUUACGUAUGCUUACUCAUAGCUAUGCUUUUCUUCAUUUACGCCAUCAUCGGUAUGCAGGUGUUCGGUAACAUCGCCUUGGUGGAGAAAAACGCGAUCAACAAGCACAAUAAUUUUCAGAGUUUCAUUCAAGGUCUGAUGUUACUAUUUCGAUGUGCGACGGGCGAGGCGUGGCCGAACAUCAUGCUGGCGUGCAUAGCCAACCAACCGUGCGACCCACUGUCGAAGGAGACGGGCGACAAGUGCGGCUCGAACCUCGCCUACGCCUACUUCGUGAGCUUCAUCUUCUUCUGCUCGUUCCUCAUGCUGAAUCUCUUCGUCGCCGUCAUCAUGGACAACUUCGACUACUUGACGCGCGACUCGUCGAUCCUCGGGGCCCAUCACCUCGACGAGUUCGUGAGGAUAUGGGCCGAGUACGAUCCCAACGCCACGGGCAAGAUCCACUACUCCGAGAUGUACGACAUGCUCAAGAACAUGGACCCGCCCUUGGGCUUCGGCAACAAGUGCCCGAACCGGCUCGCCUACAAAAAGCUCAUUCGCAUGAACAUGCCCCUUGACGUCGACGGCAGGGUCAACUUCACUACCACCUUAUUCGCCCUCAUACGAGAAAAUCUAAGCAUCAAAAUGAGGAGCGCCGAUGAAAUGGACCAAGCGGAUGAAGAAUUAAGGCACACUAUUACAAACAUAUGGCCUCUACAGGCUAAGAAAAUGUUAGAUCUUUUAGUACCCAGGGCAGAAGAGAUAAAAAAAGAAAAGCUUACAGUUGGUAAGGUUUAUGCAGGAUUGCUAAUCCUGGAAAGUUGGAAGACUACGAGGUUUCAUUCGAAAGAAUCAACAGAUAACGAUAAUGAAAACGAAAAUCUUAUCGAUAACGGUAAAGCCGGGCAUAAAGCUGCAGCCCAGGCGCGCCAUACCUUCUUGGAUACGCUGCUGGACGUGGCAGCGAUGAACCACAUGGGAGUAAACAAUCAUCACCAUCACCCCGGCAGUAGGACCAAUAGUCUGGAACCACCGGGCGUGCAUGAAAAAGACCACCAGCACCACAGGAACUCACAGGAGGAGGAGGGAGUCCUCGGGAGGUUUGCUGCCGCCGAGCAAAGACGUCAGCGCAGCAUCAGGAGCAAAAAGAUGGACCUGCAAGACGUUGCCAUCAACGACUCGCGAGCUGGCAGCCUCGAAAGUCUCACUCAAGGGGAGCGGCUUCAUCCUCACCACCAGCCCACUCAUCCGCAGAGACACUCUAGAUCUCCAAGCUUGAGUACCAUUUGCAGGUCACCGUCACCGAGGCAACGGUACGACCCCCAUGGCAAUCAGUAUCACGACGGAUUAGGCUUCAGCGACACGGUCAGCAAUGUCGUUGAAAUUCAAAGGCACUCGCAAACACCGCAGUACUCGUACAGGCGAAGGAUCAGAGACUAUUACGACCACUGCGACUAUUACGACGAUGGUCCGUGGAGCGCAUCGACGUCACCGGCGCGCUCACCGAGCCCCGUGCAUAGGAUGGACCACAUGGAACACCCGCACCGCUACGGCACGACCUCGCUAGAGCAGCGAUCGCGCUCGCCGUCACCGAUGGCGGGUCGCCGGGGCAUGGGGCCCCACCACUACCAUCACCAUCACCACCACCAGCCGCACCAGCACAGCUACCCAGUACUGGUGACGCGCCGGCAAGGCCGUCGGCUGCCACCCACACCGAACAAGCCCUCGACGCUGCAGCUCAAGGCCCCGACGAACAUAAACUUUCCAAAGUUGAACGCCUCGCCUACGCACGGCUCGAUGGCUGUCGGCGGGCCCCAGUCCGGCCCACCCGCGGCCAACGGGCUAGCCUCGCAGGCCCUCGUCGGCCCAGCCCCUUGUCCCCUAAGCUUCGAACAGGCUGUCGCCAUGGGCCGGGGCGGACGGAUCUUGCCCAGCCCCGUGCCCAACGGCUUCAAACCACAGACUAAACAACGAGCGCCGCGCUCCAGGCAUUCGGACAGCGACGACGACGACUGGUGCUAGCCCAGGUGGCGCCCGGGACCACACUGCCAUCUACGAGCGCCCCGCACCAUCAAGUCCUCCUCAUCGUCCGUUUCGCUUUAAGGGCGGCGCCCGGCAUACACACACACACAUAUACGCGUACACUCGAAAUACACACACCCACAUAAUAAAUCGAAACAGACAACGUUUGUGCCGACGUGCAUGCAGAUGACGAGGGUCGCGUGCGAACUACCUUCGACUUUUUUUGCGUAGGAGAAGCGACGGCGGAAUAGCGGUAAUCAUACAUUUCCGCUCUUUUUCUCUUCUGUGCAGCCAACUCGAGAUAAAUCCACAAAAAAAGAAAGAAACAAAACAAAAAAUAAAUAAAUAAACAAAAUAAUAAUGAUGUAGCAGACAAAGAGUAGUUCGGUGACUGCGCGUUUUAGUAGUACGCAUUAAUACAUUAGGAACGAUUCCGCAGCGAAAAAACGAAAAUUAAAUGCGAAACCUCUGACGAGUUCUUUUUUCUAAUCGUAUGAGUCGUAUGUAAAGGAGUGAAAACUAGCUAAUUAUCUUAGGACAAAUUUUAUCACGUGCACGACCGAUUGUACAUACACAUAUUAAAAAGAUAUCUUUUUUUUACAU